GCUGAUGGACUUUCCCAUAGAGGUGGCUGGGCUCGGCUCCUCCUUUGCAGGCGGGACUCACGCAGGCCAUGUGUGUGUGUGAGCUCCGGCCUUGUUUAGUACAGAGAGCGCCCGGCAGAGGACGCGGAUUUUUGCAGCAUUUCCUCCCCCCGCCCGGCUCAGCAGACAUGGCGAGUCCCUGUGUGGUGCUUGCUGACGAUGAGCAAGGAUACGACCUGGACCUGUUCUGUAUUCCGAAGCACUAUGCAGCUGAUCUAGAGAAAGUGUACAUUCCCCAUGGCCUGAUAAUGGACAGGACAGAACGGUUAGCGCGAGACAUCAUGAAGGACAUGGGAGGUCAUCAUAUAGUCGCUCUUUGUGUCCUGAAAGGCGGAUACAAGUUUUUUGCUGAUCUACUGGACUACAUCAAGGCACUGAAUCGAAACAGCGACCGGUCAAUCCCUAUGACAGUAGACUUCAUUAGGCUGAAAAGUUACUGUAAUGAUCAGUCCACGGGUGACAUAAAAGUUAUAGGAGGAGAUGAUCUUUCCACAUUGACAGGCAAGAAUGUUUUAAUUGUUGAGGAUAUCAUUGAUACAGGGAAGACAAUGAAGACUUUACUUGCUAUGCUGCAGAAGUACAAUCCCAAGAUGGUCAAAGUAGCCAGUUUGCUUGUGAAAAGAACUCCCCGGAGUGUCGGCUAUAGACCUGAUUUUGUAGGAUUUGAAGUUCCAGACAAGUUUGUUGUGGGCUACGCUCUAGACUACAAUGAAUAUUUUAGAGAUUUGAAUCAUAUCUGUGUGAUUAGUGAGGAUGGAAAGGAGAAGUACAAGGCAUAAGAAGAUAUGGGCAAAGUUGCUCGGUCGUCAGCUCCUGUGCUGCUAAAGCUGCAGUGGAUAUAUCUACCUUCAUGCUACCUGAACUCAUUCACUUCACACAUUGGACUCCUUCCUGCAUGAAUGCAUCACACCCACGGCAAUUCUUUCAGCUUCACUGACCGCGGCGGAUACUCCGCGAUAUACCAGACUAUUAUUUAUAGAUUACACAAGACUUUUAUUUCUGAGUGAUGUUGA